CAUAUCCGCAUCGGUCUUUGUGCAGCGCUGUCUCGCUCGCGGGGCCGCUGAUGGGCAGGCGGCUGCUUCCAGAUGCAGCAGUGGGAUCCCGCCGCCGAUCGCGCUUGCCCCACACGCUUUCUCUGCCACAGCUGCCCUCGUUCACAAUUCACCAUUCGCCGCCAUGACUCUGCGCUCCUCCCACCACCACCUCGCGCCGCCCGUCCACCGUCGCCAUGGAGAAGAUCACGGAUAAGAUCAACGCCCUGCCCGAUGGCGCGCACUACUUCUCGCUGGAGUUCUUCCCGCCCAAGACGGCCAUGGGCUUCGCCAACCUGCAGAGCCGCCUCGAGCGCAUGUCGCAGGCGCUGCGCCCGCUGUUUGUAACGGUCACGUGGGGCGCCGGCGGCUCGACGGCGACCAAGUCGCUCGAGCUGGCCGAGAUCUGCCAGCGCCAAUUGGGGCUGACGACGUGCCUGCACCUGACGUGCACGAACAUGGACCGCGCGCUGGUCGACGAGGCGCUGGAGCAGGCCAAGGUGCUCGGCAUCCGCAAUAUCCUGGCGCUGCGGGGCGACGCGCCGCGCAGCGAGGAGUACCGCGACGAGGACAAGGCGCUGGAGCAGGACUCCAACAAGGACUUCACCUGGGCAAUCGAUCUGGUCAGGUACAUCAGGAAGCAGUAUGGCGACUAUUUCUGUGUUGGUGUCGCGGCGUAUCCAGAGGGCCACUCGGAUGAGAGCCACCCCGAGCACCAGAACUCGAUCUACGAUAUCCCGUAUCUUGUUGAGAAGACGCAGGCCGGCGCCGACUUCAUCAUGACGCAGCUGUUCUACGACGUGGAGAAGUACGACAAGUUUGAGAAGACGCUGAGGGAGCAUGAGAGUGGCGCGUUCAAGACAAUACCGAUCAUCCCCGGGUUGAUGCCGAUUCAGAGCUACUCGAUCCUGAGACGGACGACGAAGCUCAGUCACGCCAACCUGCCCGCGGAUCUUUUGUCGAGGCUGGAUGCCGUCAAGGCAGAUGACGAGCUGGUGAAGAAGGUCGGCGUCAAGAUCCUGAGCGAGAUGGUCGAGCACAUCAAGUCACGGCCGGACGCCGUCAGGCGGGGAUUCCACUUCUACACGCUCAACCUGGAGAAGGCCGUCUCGCAUAUUCUGGAAGACACGCAUCUGAUUGGGCAGAUGCCCACGGAUGAGGACGAAGACGCGAUUGAGACCACACCAGCGAUCAACCUGGAGCCCCCGAACGGUGUACCCUCAACCAGGCAGAGGCGGCGGUUGUCGUCUCUAAAUUCGAGUCCACACAACAGAGUCAUCAGGGAGAGGCUGUCCGCAUCGAAGUCUAACCAGUCCUUUGAGACGUCAGACACAGAAGCUGGGAUCCCCCGCGGACCCGUCAACACGCGCGCAAACACCCUUGCCAUCUCUGAAGGCGAAGGCUCGCUCGGCCGUGAGGCAACAUGGGAUGACUUCCCCAACGGUCGCUGGGGUGAUGCACGCUCGCCCGCUUUCGGAGAGAUCGAUGGCUACGGACCGACCCUCCACGUCUCCAACGCCACCGCCCUCAAGCUCUGGGGCCACCCCGUCACCCAAGACGACAUCUCCAACCUCUUUAAGCGCCACGUCGAAGGCACCCUCGAAGCGCUCCCCUGGAGCGAGCAAACGCUCAGCGAGGAAACAAAAGCCAUCGCGCCCCAACUCCUCGCCCUCAACGCCAAGGGCUGGUGGACCGUCGCCUCCCAACCCGCCGUCAACGGCGUCCGCUCCACCGACCCCGUCUUCGGCUGGGGCCCCAAAAACGGCUUCGUCUUCCAGAAGCCGUUCGUCGAGUUCUUCCUCCCCGCCGCCGCCUUCGCCGCCCUCAAACCCCGCCUCGACGCCCACGACCAGAUCACCUACUUCGCCGGCAACGCCGCGGGCGACUUCGAAGCCAGCCAGGAAGACGGCGUGAAUCCCGUCACCUGGGGCACCUUCGCGGGUAAGGAGAUUGUAACUCCGACUAUCAUCGAGGCCGUCAGCUUCCGCUCCUGGCGCGACGAGGCGUUCAGUAUCUGGCGCGAGUGGCAGCGCAUCUACCCCACCAAGAGCCCCACGGGCCGGUUGCUGAGAGACACACGGGCCGAUGUGUGGCUCGUUAAUGUGAUUUGGGGAGAUUUCGUUGAGGGCGAUGGGCUGUGGGAGUUUUUGGGCGCGUGAGGGUGGGUAAGAGUAACCGGG